AUGAAUCCCGCCGCAUCGCACCAGUCGUCGCGCUCGUUAGGCGCAUCCGCCGCGCCUCUCUACCCCUCGGCGCCACCCAUCACCGCAUCCGCUCCCCCGGCCUCCGCUGCCUCUUCCACCAUCUCUUACCCCGCCCUCCCACCUUCCUCCGCGCGCUUCCCCCCCUCUUCCGGCGACACGUACUCCUCCGCACCUCUGCGCAUGCCGUCCCACCACCGUCCCCCGUCCUCCCCCUCCGCCUACUUCCCCCGCUCCCCCUCUUCCGCCUCCGCCUCGUCCUCCUCCAUGAGCCUUGCGCGGAACGUCGGGCGCGGCAUCUGCGCGUCGUGUCUGGCGGCGUCUCUCUUCGCCGCGCUCGUCUGCACGUCGCUCCCGCUCGCCACGCUCCUCGUUUGGCGGCUCGCGCCAACGCCCUUCGACCAGACCCGCCCGCUCCUCUUCGAUUUCCGCCAGCCUGAGCCUUUCGCCGUCGCCUCUUUCCUUCCACGCCCGCACACCCUCCUCCCGCCUCCGCCGCAGCCCCCGGGCUCGUCUUCCGCCCCUGCAGGCUCUCACUCCCCCUCCGCCUCCGCGGGGCGGUUCUUCUCCGCCGCCCCUCCGCGCCUGCUGCAGCGCAACCAGCGUUACGAGGCGAUUCUCCGCCUGCGCCUCCCCGAGUCGGACCACAAUCUCGAGCUUGGCAUGUUCCAGAUAUCCGCGCACGCGCUUUCCGCCGAUUACGCCGUCCUCUCCGCCAACUCCCAGCCCGCCACUCUCCGCUUUCGCAGCCGCCCCAUCCGCGCGCUGCGCACGGCGGUGCUCGCGUUCCCGCUCCUCUGGGGCUUUCGCGAGGAGGCGCAGCGGAUCGAGCUGCGCGUGCUGCGCGGACUCGAGGGGAAAGCGCCGGUGGCGGCGGUGCGCGUGAUGCUUGCGCCCAAGGCGGGCGCGGGGCCAGGCGCGGGGCUUCCGCAGAUCUACGACGCGGAGCUGCGCCUGCGCGCGGUUCUGGGGGGCGCGGGGGGGCUGUGGCUGCUGGCGUGGCGGGUGAUGCUAUUCACUAUGUGCGCUGCGGGGAUAUUCGGCAUGCAGGCCAUGGUGCUGCUGGUGUGCUGCGGUGGCGUGAUGAUACGGCUGCUGUGGCAGGGCGGAAGCAAGGAGAGGGACGACGGGAGGGGCGGCGGGAGCAUGGGAAGAUUUGGAAGGAUGGGGAGCAUGGGCGAGGUUGCGGGGAGAAGGGAUGGCGAGGAGAGAGAGGAGAGAGAGGAGAGAGAGGAGAGAGAGCAGAGAGAGCUGAGAGAGCAGAGAGAGGAGAGGGGCAUGAACUUCCUGCUCUCUGCCCGUCCCUCCGCUCCUCUUGCAGCCCCUGCUGCUCCGUCUCCGUCUCCUGCUGUUGCGGCUGCUGCUCCCUAUGGCCGGAUUUCAGCAGAGGAGGCGUCUGAGGAGGUGCUAAGGCCAGUAUUCAUGCCGGGGGAAGGGGAGAGAGGCAGGGGGAAGGGCAAGGCGGGCGAGGGGGGCGAGGGGGACGGUGGGGGGAUGGAUCUUCUGAGAGAUGAAGGGGCGAUUGCAGGGAGAGUCAGGGCGUGGAUGGGGGAAGGUAGCAGCAGCAGCAGCAGCCUCGGCGUCGGCCCUACUACCCCUGUUUCUGCUGCCCCUGCUGCCGCUGCUGCCUCGACGCACGCUCCUCGGUAUCCCCCUAUUGGCCUUGCACCUGCUGCUGCCCCUCCUCUUGGUCGGCCCCUCGGGGAUGUGGGUAGGGAGGGGGCGGAGGGAGGGGGAGCGGGAGUGGGGGUGGGAGGGGGCGUGGGCUUGGGAGUGGGUGAAGGCGGGGAGGAUGGGGGGAGUGACGAGGAGAUAGAGUCGCUGCUGGCAGCAGGGAAGCAGCUGCUGCAGGCACGGAGCCCGCAUGCUGUGGCGGAAGGGGAGGGGCAGGAGGAAGAAGAGGGAGAGGAGGAGGAGGAGGAGGAGGAGGAGGAGGAGGAGGAGGAGGAGGAGGAGGAGGAGGAGGAGGAGGAGGAGGAGGAGGGGGAGGAGCGGGGAGGAGGAGAGGCGUGGAGGCCUGGGCUGAGGCAGAGGCGGGUGGGAGUGGGACGAGUGGGGGGACAAUCAGUGGCAGCAGCGCGAGCAGAGGCAGCAGAGGCAUUAGGGCCUGUGGGCGGACCCCGUGUGGCAGGGGUGGUGGGCACGGGGGGCGUGGCGGAGGCUGUGAGUGCGUCCCAUGCUGCUGCUGACGCUGCGUUUCGAUCGGGGGUCGUGGCCGCAGGUGCCGCUGCUGGGAGGGGUGGUGCUGCGAUGGGGCUUACAGGGGAGGCUGUGGGGGAGGGGGGAGGGGCGGCAUGGGGAACGAGGGGAGUUGGAGAGGUGGGGCGUGGUGGAAGUGAGGAGUGGGAGGAGGAGGAAGAGGAGGAGUAUGAAGAAGAGGAGGAAGAUGAGAGUGAAGAGGAAGAGGAAGGGAGGAGAGAUGAAUUGGAGUUGGGAGGAGAGGAGGGGGAGCAGGGAGAGGAGGGGGAUGAUGGAGAGUGGGAGGAUGUGAGAGAGGGUGAAAGUGGAGAGGAGGAGAAAGAUGAAGAAGAGGGGGACGAGGGAGAAGAGAGGGAGGAGGAGAGGAUGAUAGGGAGGGUGGAUGCAGCUGCUGCUGCAGCAACAGCUGCAGUGGCAAUGGUAGGGCUGGGGCAGGAGAGGAGACAGAAGCAGGGUGAGAAGGAGAAAGACAAAGGAGGGAGUGUGUGGGUUCUAGGGGCUGGAGCAGCGGAGUGGGAUGAGGGUGAGAGUGAGCACGGGGAGCCAGGAGGAAAAGAAGAGAAGAGGGUGGUGGGUAGGGGCAGAGGGGGCUAUGCUGUGAUGAGUGGCACUGAACUGCACAAGUUGGAAGCAGGUGUAUAG